UCUUCUUUCUUGAAAAUUCAAAGCAAUCUUAACCAUAACAUUGCUCUCUUUUACUUGCUAGUAGUUCACUUCUAAGGACUCAUUAACCUGUCCAAAACUCUAAUCCAUCGUACACAACAUACCCUUUAAAAUGCUGUAAUUGUAUGUACGAUCAAGUUUGUCUUACAUCAAUGGAUGGCUAUAGAAAGCUUCUUGUCUGCUUUUGCCUACUGUCCACCAUCAUAAAAUCCAAUGCAGUUGAUACCAUUACUCCUGGUCAGUCCAUAAGAGAUGGGGAGACCAUAGUUUCAAGUGGGCAAACUUAUGAACUUGGAUUCUUCACUCCAGGUAGUUCAUCCGGAAGAUACUUAGGUAUUUGGUUCAAGAAAAUAUCAACUGGAACUGUGAUUUGGGUAGCCAAUAGAGAAACUCCAAUUCUUGAUCAUUCAGGAGUUCUAAACUUCACUUACCAAGGUACUCUUCUUCUUCUAAAUCGCACAAAUGGUGUCAUCUGGUCAUCUAAUAAUACUAGAAAUGCAAGAAACCCAAUUGCUCAGCUUUUGGAAUCUGGGAAUUUUGUAGUGAAGGAAGAUAAUGAUGCCAGCCCAGAUAAUUAUCUAUAUCAGAGCUUUGAUUAUCCUGGUGACACCAACUUACCAGGCAUGAAACUUGGGAGAAACUUUGUUACUAGCUUGGACUGGACUAUUACUUCUUGGAAAAGCUUAGAUGAUCCUGCUAAAGGUGAUUAUAGUUUUGGAAUAGACCCUAAAGGGUAUCCUCAGUUGAUGUAUAAGAAAGGAGAUACGAUAAAAUUCAGAGCUGGAUCUUGGAAUGGUAUUCGUUUUACUGGAGCUCCAAGAUUGAGACCAAAUCCUGUAUACAGAUAUGAAUUUGUGUUGAAUGAAAAAGAAGUUGACUACAAUAUUUAUCUUCUAAACAGUUCAGUGAUAUCAAGAUUGGUGGUGAAUGCAUCAGGAGUGACGCAGCGCAUGACAUGGAUAGAUCAAACACAUAGUUGGGCGACAUACUUUGCUGUCGGUGAAGAUCAGUGUGACAAUUAUAAUCUUUGUGGUGUGAAUGCUAAAUGCAACAUCAAUAAGUCACCUCUGUGCGAUUGCUUAGAAGGGUUUGAACCCAGAUCAGCCAGAGAUUGGAGCUUCCAAGAUUGGUCUGGUGGGUGCGUGAGGAAGACUGCACUGGCUUGUGCUAGAGGAGAAGGGUUUGUGAAGCACAGUGAAAUGAAAAUGCCAGAUACAUCUGGCUCUUGGUAUAAUAGGAGUAUGAACAUUAGGGAAUGCGAGGAAUUAUGCUUGAGAAAUUGCUCUUGUGUCGCGUAUGCGAGUACAAAUAUCACAGAAGGAACUGGAUGCUUGCUUUGGUUUAGUGACUUGAUUGAUAUUAGGGAAUUCCCUGGUGCAGGUCAAGAUCUCUAUGUACGAAUGGCUGCUUCAUAUCUAGAUGGCAUAAAAAAGAAGGAAAAAUCAAGGAGGCAGAGGCGAGUAGGAAUAAUUGUCUGUACCACUACAUUAGGCACAGGAAUUCUUGUUCUGGGAUGGAUCUUCUGCAUGAAAAAAAGAAAACAUAAAAUCCAAGACAAGUUGAGAAGCAUAAAGGGAAGGGAUUACAACAGCAAAAGCAGAAACGAAGACCUGGAGCUGCCCGUGAUCGACUUGGUUACGAUAAUGAAAGCCACGGAUAACUUUUCAAGCGAGAACAAGCUAGGAGAAGGUGGUUUUGGACCUGUAUACAAGGGUAUAUUGACUGAUGGGCAAGAAAUAGCAGUGAAAAGGCUUUCAAAAAGUUCUGGACAAGGACUGACAGAGUUCGAAAAUGAAGUCAUCUUGAUCUCUAAACUUCAGCACAGAAAUCUUGUUAAACUUCUAGGGUAUUGCAUUCAAAAGGAUGAAAAGAUGUUGAUCUAUGAAUUCAUGCCAAACAAGAGCUUAGACUUUUUCGUCUUUGAUGAAAUGAGAUGCAAAUUUCUUGACUGGGAUUUGCGGAUCCACAUUAUUGAUGGAAUUGCUAGAGGACUUCUUUAUCUUCAUCAAGACUCGAGACUAAGAAUUAUCCAUAGAGAUCUCAAAGCCAGUAAUGUGUUACUGGACAAGGAUAUGAAUCCAAAGAUUUCAGACUUCGGUAUGGCUAGAAUAUUCGGCGGUGACCAAACAGAAGCAAAUACAAAUAAAGUGGCAGGAACCUAUGGCUACAUGGCUCCUGAGUAUGCUGUGGAUGGACUUUUCUCAAUGAAAUCAGACGUUUUCAGCUUUGGUGUAUUAGUACUAGAAAUAAUAAGUGGGAAGAAGAACAGAGGGUUUUUCCAUCCAGAUCACAGCCAUAAUCUUCUUGGUCAUGCAUGGAAACUGUUGUUAGAAGGGAGGUCACUCGAUCUAGUUGACAAAAUGCUAGAUUCUUUCGCAGCAUCUGAAGUGUUAAGAUGCAUUCAUGUAGGUCUGUUAUGCGUGCAACAACGGCCAGAAGACAGGCCAAAUAUGUCAUCUGUAGUUGUAAUGUUGGGCAGUGAGAAUUUAUUGCCUCAACCAAAGCAGCCUGGGUUUUUCACAGAGAGGAAUAUACCUGAAGUGGAUUCUUCAUCGAGUAAGCUUGAAUCAUUAUCAAUAAAUGAAAUGAGUACUACAGUUCUAGAGGCUCGGUAAAGAUUUAAUUUAACCUUGGAAAAGUAAUAAAUUAGUAGAGAUUGCUAGCAUCUUUUGGAUGAACUUUUGCUGAAUAGGUGAUGGUACCUGAAAGAACAAGCAUGAGGUACUAAGAGAGUAGUGCCAGGGCUGUACCGACAACUUAUUCUGAUAGCUAAGUUAGGCUGGCUUCUAAAAUUAGAUUUAGAAUUCAGAAAAAUAAUCUAAGAGAGGAUUUACCUUGUAUAUAAGCUGAAUUUUAAAUAAUAAAUUUGAUAUGUGUCAAUAUUUUGACACAGUUAUAA